AUAUAUAUAUAAUAUAUAUCCAGUACAAUGUAUAUGUAAACCAAUCACAUUCAUCUUUGCAUGCUGCACCAACUCCUUUCCCAGAAAUUAAAAAAAAAAAAAGAAAUCCAAAAAAAACCCAAAACCCAAUCGAGCUGAAAAUCAAAACCCAGAUGCUGAAAUUCGGUAAUCUCUCAUGGGUUCUUCCUCUUUGAUCGUUUCUUCGUUGUCGGUAUUUUGAUUAUUUUCUUCUGUUGUUGUGUAUAUAUAUUAAUUAUAUAUAUGCCAAAUUGAGAAGAAUUUUGUAGAGAGAGAGAGAAAAAAAAAGAUGAGGGGCGUGAGUGAAUUUGAAUUUCCAUCGAUGAAUUUUCCGCCAUGGUUUUUUGAUGUUGACGAUGAUGGCCAUGGCGGUAUGCAUGAUUUCUUGAAGCAUAAUAAUAGCAAGUACACAUACUCUUCUCCAUUGACUGGUUUUAACCUGCAACCCGAUAACCCGUACCCGUACCCGGCCCAUUUGAUCUACGGCGGUGACGGGUCGUUGUCCGAUUUCAAGAACCCUAAUUGCAUCAAUAAUUCCUACGACGAUUCUCAUUUGUCUCGAGAUUUUAGUAGAAUGUACAUCAGUGAUGAUAAUGAUCAGCUGAACCCUGCUUCCAAGACUCCGAUUCGGGUUGUUAAUCCGACGGGUCUCGAGAAUCGGGGGGUAGGGUUUAAUCUCGACGGAGGGUUUAAUCCGCCCCCCUUGAAUUUCUUCGAGGGAGGGGAGACGACGAUUGCGAAUCUGUCGAGAUCGGGCGAUUUCUUAACGAGGCCUCAAUUUCGUAGGACUACUAGUACUAAUGCCCCCCAAGUUGGUGAUAUUUACGGGCACGCCACUCAAAACGGGGCGAAUCCGGUCGAACCCCGCGAUUUGUUGUAUACUCCGAAUGUGGUCCGUUUGAUGCCUCGUCAUAAUGGAAGGAACCAAGUACUACCCCACCGGAGUAUCGAACCACCUCCCUUCUUCACGAGGGACGAUGGUUUGGCAAGUCAUGCUCGUUCGAGGGGGCAAAAUGGGAAGAAAUCGCAAAUAAGUAACCCGAAGUGCAGCUCGCUCGAGGAAGCUCGUGGGUAUAUAUACCACAUGGCGAAGGACCAGCACGGGUGCAGAUUCUUGCAGAGGAUGUUCGACGAAGGGAAUUCCCGAGACGUGAAUAUAAUAUUCAACGAGAUUAUUUGCCACGUCGUCGAACUAAUGAUGAACCCUUUCGGAAAUUAUCUCGUGCAGAAGUUGUUGGAAGUUUGCGACGAAGAGCAGAGGAUGCAGAUUUUGAUUAGGGUGACUCGAUUCCCGGGGGACCUCGUUCAAAUCUCUCUUAACACACAUGGGACUCGGGUGGUGCAGAAGUUGAUCGAGACGCUUAAAUUAAGGCAGCAUAUAUCGCUUGUUAUUUCAGCCCUCGAACCUGGUUUUCUUGUCCUAAUCCAAGAUUUAAACGGUAAUCACGUUGUUCAACGGUGCUUGCAUUGCUUUACCACAGAAGAUUGUAAGUUCAUUUUUAUUGCUGCCACAAAGUACUGUAUCGAAAUUGCCACGCACCAGCACGGGUGUUGUGUGCUGCAGCGUUGCAUCAGUGGGUCCACCGGCGAGCUUCGUAAGAAUUUGAUUUCCGAGAUUUCGGCAAAUGGACUUAUGCUCGCUCAAGAUGCUUACGGAAAUUACGUAGUUCAGUUUAUUUUGGACCUCGAGAUUCCAUCUGCUACAUCGAAGCUGACGUCUCAGUUCGAGGGGAACUAUGUUAAUCUCUCUACCCAAAAAUUUAGCAGCCAUGUUGUCGAACAUUGUUUAAAGAUAUGUAAUAACGAAAUCCGGUCGAAGAUAAUCAAAGAAUUACUCUCCGCCACUUGCUUCGAGCAGUUGCUUCAAGAUCCGCAUGCAAAUUACGUACUUCAAACCGCUCUUAAUUAUUCUGAGGGUCGCCUCCAUAAUUCUUUGAUCAACGCAAUUGAAUACUACAAGGAGAUCUCGCGUAGCAGUCCCUAUACGAAGGGGAUUUUCUCUCACAAGCUUUUGAAGAGGUGAUUGAUUGUGUACGAUCGUGCAAAGUGUUUUUGUUGUUGUUCUCGAGCUCGAGCCAAGUUCACAGUCGAUUGAAACGCAUAAUCGAAUAAUGCAGUAUUGGUUCAUUUUGUUGUGGAAUUGUACCCUCUCGGCAUUUUGUUCAAUAAUUUGGAUGUUUAUUGGUCUGUUCUACUUUCAAACCGAUCAAUAAAGAUCUAGGUUCAAUUUACACACACCAGUGCGGAUAUGUGUGUAAUAAAUGAAUAAUGAUGAUGUACAUGGUGUAUUUCACCUGAUGUAGCAUGUAAUAAACUCGACGAGCAUAUGUGUGCGUGUUGAUGAUGGUGUUGUUUUUUGGAGUGAAAAAAAGUUUGUUAUAA